CCAGCCCAGCUCAGCGCAUCACAGCUCAGUGCAGCCAAGCCCAGCUCAGUGCAGUGCAGCCAAGCACAGCCCAACCCAGCCACGUAUGGCCCAGCUCAGCCCAGCCCAGUUUAAACAAUGGUCGGAUCAGUAUCCUUGGUUAUUCGUGAAAGAUAACAAAUUAGGAUGCACAGCCUGCAAGGAGGCAAAGCGACUAUUUACAACACAGAAGGGUGUUCAGAUGGCAGAGGAGUGGAUUAGUGGUGGUGUGGGAGGAUCUAGUAUUCGGGCUAUGCGCAAGAUGAUCUAUAAACAUAGAGACAGUUUAGCCCAUCAAAAAGCUUUAUGUAUAGAGAAACAGAGAGAGAAAGAAGUCCUUCCAAACAUGGCUGCAACAGUUACUGCUUCUCUAUUUGAAGAAACUGCCAAUGCUUUAAGAACUGCAUAUUUUGUGGCAAAGGAGAGGCUGGCAUUUACAAAAAUGAGCUGCUUGGUUUCUUUGCAGGAAACAAAUGGUGCAAAAAUGGGCCAAUUGAACAGGUCAGAACACGCCUGUAUUAACAUGAUAGAACAUGUGGCUGUUAAGAUGAAAAAAACGGUGAUAUCUAAAAUAAAGAACAACGGGUCUCUCCUUAGUAUUACAGUAGAUGAAAGCAGUGCAUUUGGCAUUAGUUAUCUGGUCAUUUAUAUAAGAGCAGAUGUCACGGGUAGAGGGGAUGUGGAGAACAUAUUCCUUGACCUUGUUGAACUUGAUGAGGGAACAACAGCAGAAAAUGUAUAUAAGGCACUUAAGAACAGUCUGAUGAUGGCAAAACUGGAUGAUGAGUAUUUGAAGAAUCAUCUCAUCAGUAUCGCCACUGAUGGAGCAGCAGUGAUGACCGGAAAAGACAGUGGCCUCAUUGCAAGGUUAAAGAAAGAUUUCCCUUCACUUAAGAGUGUGCAUUGCCUUGCACAUAAACUAGAGCUGGCAGUUCACGAUUCCCUAAAAUGUGUGACAGGAUGUAACCACUUUGAACAUUUUAUAUCAAAGUUGUACACAAUGUAUCAUCAAUCUACAAAGAAUGCACGACUCUUGUCUGAAGCUGCCUCUGCGGUCCAUAUCAGCCUGCUAAAAAUCGGGAAAAUAUUUACCAUCCGCUGGGUUGCCAGCAGUUACAGCACAGUGAAGGCAGUCUGGAAGGAUUUCCCAGCUCUUGCACAGCAGAUGAGAGCAGCAUUCGAAGACCGCACAUACACUGAUGCUGAGAGAAAGAAGUACACUGGGAUGCUGAACAGACUGACCAGCACAGGCUUUGUUACAGACCUAGCCACCAUGAGAGAUGUGCUUCAGGAACUUAAAAGUCUUUCACUGAAACUGCAAAAGAGGAGUACAUCCCUAACAGAUGCCAGCCGGGACAUUAGACUGACAAUGGAGGUUUUGGAUGCCAUGAAGACACAAGGAGGAAUGUCAAUGAGAAAAGCUAAAGAAUAUUUGAUGGAGGGAACCUUUAAGGGAGUAGCCCUGAAGGAAAGCACAGAGAAGGUAAAUCAGCUUCAGUUCUUUCAGGCAGUGAUCGACAACCUGUCAAGUCUUCUUCCAGAUUCUGAACUCACAAAGUUAUUGAAACCAUUAGACCCUCACAUCUGGCCCAAAACAAGAGAUGAACUGAUCUUGUAUGGGGAGGACGAGAUAUAUGAACUUGCAAAGGAUCUGGGUGAACCCGCCAGAGAGGCUGUUGAAGAUUUCUGUUCCUGGAAACUGCAAAAGGAUCAAAGUGGGAAGACCUUAAGAAGAUUGAUAGUUGCAAGCCAAACAUAUCUAGCAACUUCAGCAGAGUGUGAACAAGGGUUUUCUGCCAUGAAUGAUACAGCCAGUAAGACGAAAUCGCCUGAGGGUCAGAAGUCUCUCAGCUGUCUUGUUCGUCGACAUUAAUGCACCCCCAUUGGAGAUGUUCGACCCUAAGCCUUUUGUGAUGUC